GUGAUGGCUGUAUUUAUUCGUUACCACCACCAAUACAAAAACAUAAAGCAGAAUUCUUUCACUUCUCAAUAUACAAAGAAGUAACAAAAACUCUGUCGAGAAUGGCAAACUCCCUUUGUUUCUCCCCCGUUUGUUCCUUCAAAUCCCCGAACAAGCCAGGUAUAGCUAUCGACAAUUCAGUUGCUCGAAAGUCUAUCCGGGUGAAUGAAGUGUUUCACAACUCAAGAACUGCCAAAAUUCGAUCUUUAGAGGUUAAGGCUGCAGAUAGCAAUCAAAGCGCCAAACCAAGGAGCAUAGUCUGUGCUGACUGUGAAGGAAAUGGUGCCAAACAAUGUUCUCAAUGCAACGGUACUGGAGUUAAUUCUGUGGAUCAUUUCAAUGGACAGUUUAAAGCCGGCGGAUCAUGUUGGCUUUGCAGAGGGAAGAGAGAGAUUUUGUGUGGGAAUUGUAAUGGAGCUGGGUUUAUUGGUGGAUUCAUGAGCACAUUUGAUGAGUAAGAGGUAGUAAAAUUGUGUCUGCCUGCCAAGCUAUGUGUUAAUUAGGUUCUGUUAUGUUCGUACGUUGAAUGGCAGUCAUAUAAUACAUCAUACGACAGUUCCAGACGUAUGAAAAAAGUCUUGUACCAUUUAUUUGGAGUGGAAUUUCCAAAUUUUCCAAACCAACCAGGAUAUGCUGAAAUUUUGUAAUGUUGAUGAUGUAUUUGUUUACCUAUUUUCAGUAUCGAUGAUGUAAUUCAAGUA